AUGCCUCUCCUCCUCAACAAACAAUUCACCCACGCCCUCCCCAAAACAGAACUCCACGCCCACCUCUCGGGAAGCAUCAGCAAAGAAACGCUGCACGCCAUCUGGCGGCAGAAACAGUCGCAGCCCGAAUGCCGCGCGCUCGAAGAUCCGCUGACAGCAAUCCGCAGCGGCACCGACGGCUUCGUCGACAUCCACACCUUCUUCCCGCUCUUCGACACGUACAUCUACGCUCUCUGCAACGAUGUGGAGAGCGUGCGGUUCGCGACUGCCAGCGUGUUGGCGGAUUUCGAGGCGGACGGUGUUAGGUAUUUGGAGUUGCGUACGACUCCGAGGGAGUUUGCGGCUACGGGCAUGACGAGGGCGGGCUAUGUGCAGACUAUCGACGAUGCGUUGUUGGGCUGGAAUGCUGGCAAUGGGGAGAAGAUGGAGGUGUAUUUGAUUUUGUCUAUAGAUCGGCGUAUGACGCCUCAGCAGGCAAUGGACGUUGUUGAUUUUGCUAUACAGCAUCACGUCGGUCGAGGCGGGUCCGUCGUGGGCGUCGACCUCUGCGGCAACCCAGCAAAGGGAGACGCGACGACUUUCACGCCCGCGUUCCAGAAAGCAAAAGCCAAUCGCUUGGGGAUUACCGUUCACUUUGCCGAAGACCUGCGAUCUAGCUCCCCUCGCGAGCUCGAAACGAUCCUGUCCUGGCAGCCUGACCGCCUCGGACACUGCGUCCAUGUGCCACCCGCGGUCGCGGACGUCAUCGAGGCUCGCGGCAUUGGAGUCGAGCUCUGUCUGUCCUGCAACGUCCUGGGAAGACUGACCACCGGCGGAUUCGGGCAGCAUCAUCUCGGCGCGUGGUUGCAAAGAGCAGCUCCUAUUGCGCUUUCAACGGACGACGUGGGAGUUUUCGGCAGCCCUUUGUCGGAGGAGUACAGGAUGGCCGCCGAAACGUUUCUCGACAGCCAAACUCAAGUUGUUCGACUGUGCAGGAGUGCAGUCAACGUUGCGUUUGCUGGAAGAGAAAGAAUGACCAGACUUGUGGAUGAGUUUGAAAGGGAGUAUUUGCAAGAGACAGCAAACCAGCCUGCGUGA